AUGGAAGGAGGGAGACGGAAUUGCUUGUGUCCUGUCUCUGUAGCCCCUGAGCCUUCUGCACCCUGCAACGCCACCCGCGGGACGCAGUCAUGGCAGUCAUCUCGCACAUUCCGAAGAACCAGCCUAUCUCUGAGCUCGGGCUUCUGGCACGCCACAGGACGCCACUCCAGCCGGCGACUCCUGCGGGCCAUCCCCCGCCACGUGGCCCAGAUCCUGCAGGCAGACGUACUCUGGCAGAUGGGACACACAGGUGCUGGUGUAAAGGUGGCAGUGUUUGAUACAGGCCUGAGUGAGAAGCACCCACAUUUUAAGAACGUGAAGGAAAGGACCAACUGGACUAAUGAAAAGACACUAGAUGAUGGUCUGGGCCACGGUACCUUUGUAGCAGGAGUGAUCGCCAGUAUGAGGGAGUGUCAGGGCUUUGCCCCCGACUCAGAGCUGCACAUCUUCAGAGUGUUCACCAACAACCAGGUUUCGUACACCUCGUGGUUCCUGGAUGCCUUUAACUACGCCAUACUGAAGAAGAUUGAUGUUCUUAAUCUCAGCAUUGGGGGUCCAGACUUCAUGGACCACCCCUUUGUUGAUAAGGUAUGGGAGCUCACUGCCAACAAGGUGAUCAUGGUUUCUGCUAUCGGCAACGAUGGACCUCUGUAUGGCACCCUGAACAACCCAGCAGACCAGAUGGACGUGAUCGGGGUGGGGGGGAUCGACUUUGAGGACAACAUCGCUCGGUUUUCCUCCAGAGGCAUGACCACUUGGGAGCUACCCGGGGGCUACGGCAGGGUGAAGCCCGACAUCGUCACCUACGGUUCAGGGGUCCGGGGGUCUGGGAUGAAGGAGGGCUGUCGCUCUCUGUCCGGCACCAGCGUGGCCUCUCCUGUGGUGGCUGGUGCUGUUACUCUCCUGGCCAGCACCGUCCAGAACAGGGAUCUGGUGAACCCCGCCUCCAUGAAGCAGGCUCUGAUCGCGUCGGCCCGCAGGCUGCCGGGGGUCAACAUGUUCGAGCAGGGCCACGGGAAGCUAGACCUGAUCCGAGCCUACCAGGUCCUCAACAGCUACAAACCUCAGGCCAGUCUGUCCCCCAGCUACAUCGACCUGACAGAGUCUCCCUACAUGUGGCCUUACUGCUCUCAGCCCAUCUACUACGGAGGAAUGCCCACCAUCGUCAACGUGACCAUCCUGAACGGCAUGGGAGUCACGGGCAGGAUUUUAGACAAGCCCAUCUGGCAGCCGUACCUCCCUCAGAACGGAGACCACAUUGACGUGGCCGUGUCCUACUCCCCCGUGCUGUGGCCGUGGGCCGGGUACCUGGCCGUGUCCAUCUCCGUGGCCAAGAAAGCGGCAUCAUGGGAAGGGAUCGCUCAGGGUCAUGUGAUGAUCACAGUGGCGUCGCCUGCAGAGAACAAUUCGGAGGCGGGUGGUGAGAUGACCUCCACAGUCAAACUUCCAAUCAAGGUGAAGAUCGUCCCGACCCCCCCUCGCAGUAAGAGGGUGCUCUGGGAUCAGUACCACAACCUGCGCUACCCCCCCGGAUACUUUCCCCGAGACAACCUCCGCAUGAAGAACGACCCACUGGACUGGAACGGAGACCACAUCCACACUAACUUCAGGGACAUGUACCAGCACCUGAGGAGUAUGGGAUAUUUUGUGGAGGUGCUCGGAGCGCCCAUCACCUGCUUUGAUGCCAGCCAGUACGGCACUCUGAUGAUGGUGGACAGCGAGGAGGAGUAUUUCCCCGAAGAGAUCACCAAGCUGAGGAGAGACAUCGACAACGGCCUGUCGCUCAUCGUCUUCAGCGACUGGUACAACACCUCGGUCAUGAGGAAGGUCAAGUUCUAUGACGAAAACACCAGGCAGUGGUGGAUGCCGGACACAGGGGGCGCUAACGUUCCUGCUCUGAACGACCUAAUCUCAGUGUGGGGGAUGGCCUUCAGUGACGGGCUGUACGAGGGGGACUUCACCUUGGCUGAUCAUGACAGUAAGACA